AUGGCGGAAUCGGAGAUCGCACCCAAGUUCGCGCCGUUCAUUGGCAUGGCUGGCAUCGCAGCAGCGAUGAUAUUCGGCAGCAUGGGAGCUGCGUACGGAACAGCGAAGUCAGGGAUAGGUAUCGCAGGAGUCGGUACCUUCAGGCCCGACCUGAUCAUGAAGUGCCUGAUCCCCGUGGUCAUGUCCGGAAUCAUCGCCGUCUACUCGCUCGUCAUCGCCGUCCUGAUCGCCGAGGACAUGGCGCCGCCGACAACGCAGAGCUACAGCUUGUUCAACGGCUUUAUGCAUCUAGCCUGCGGAAUAUCGGUCGGAAUGACAGGCCUGGCGGCCGGCUACUGCAUCGGAAUCGUGGGCGACAAGGGCGUCCGGGCAUUCAUGGACCAGUCGAGGGUCUUCGUCGGCAUGGUUUUGAUUCUUAUCUUCGGCGAGGUGCUGGGUCUCUACGGUCUCAUUGUCGCGCUGAUCCUCAACACCAAGAGCAGAGGUUAA